UUUUACUGUUCUAAUUAAAUUACAAAUUAAAUUCAUUUGGGGGGGGGGAAAGACCCCACGCAUUUAUUCUGAAGGCCAGUAGAAUUUGCCGGAAGUUGUGUUUUUGUUUCCGGGUCUACGGCACUUUGACGGAGCAUGUUUGGAUGUGAUGAACACGUUAGAAAAAUGUAAAUAACAGAAAAAAGCCCCAGAGUUGAGUUCUCUGUUCUUUGACUCUACGAUCUGUGGAAAAUGUCCAGAUUUCAGGAACUUAAAGAUUUAUACAAACGGCGGCUGAUAAAUGCGGCUCGCGGUGAUCUGUUUGGACAUUUCGAGAGAUCGAUAUCUGGAAUCGAAAAGGAGAUCGAUCACAAACGGAAACUACUGGGCUUGGUUUUAAACCAUGACAUUAAGCAGCAAAGAGCAGUGCACGUUGUUGCGCAUGAAAACGCACCUCCAGCCAGGCGUGUGGCGAUGGCAGAUAAAGCGAGUAGCACUACUGCUGGUAAACGGACUGCGGGGCCGCAGUCAGACAGCACGAUACCAGCCAAGCGUUUUGUGGCCAAAAAAGCGACUAAUGUUGAGAAAUCUUUCCAGCACCUCGUGGACCGCGACGCAGGGGAGAGUCUGUCUGUGCUGCUUACGCGCAGAACGAGGGAACUUGACGCAGAGAAAGGCCGAGCGGAGGCGUUGAAGGUUGAGAUGACAGACUUGCGAGAGGAGAUGACAGCCUUGAGAGAGGAGAGUCAGAGACAGAAGGAAGAACUGGAAAAACAGAUCAGUGAACUGCGGGCAGCUCUGGACGUGCAGACAAUGCAGCAAGAUGUCUCCGUUAAUUCGCCGGAGAAACCGCUAUCAAGCCCCAGACUCUCCUCAAAACCAACAUCGACGUCUUCGGCUUCCUGUUCUCCUUCGGGCUUCUCCAUCAUCCCGGCCGACAGCAGUCAUUUUCAUCGACUUUGUCGGCAGCAUCCGGACAUUAAAAUACGUGAGGUGAAACCGGAGGACCACACGACUCUCCUCCGAAUGAGCCAGGGCCGCGCGGAUCGCUACGGCUGCUUGCUGUUCAGAUUCGUCACACCAGAAGAGAAAUACCGGGCUUGGUGUGUCACAACAAACUGGGACGGAUCCAGAGGAAAGUGGGAGCUCCCCGGAAACCUGAAGGAGUUUCUCGUCAACACUAUGCGUCAGAAAUUUUCCCCAAUGUCAGGAAGAGAUGAGAAAAUGCUGAUCAACCGCAUCAACGAGGUGCUGCGAACACCACGUCAGUUUGCCUUGGGACUCAUUCAUUAGACCAAGAUGCACCCACAUAAACAUACUCUCAGACAUGUCCUUUGUUUGCAAGAAUUAUACCUCUAGUCCUGCAAUCUUUUCAGUGACUGAAUUUGUAAAUGGAUUUUUUUAUACACUGUACCUUUUUAUAAUAAACACUUUUUCUGUGAA